AUGACUCAGGCUAGCCAGCAGGACACCAGGCAGUUAAUUCACCAGGCCACCGGUGUGAGCAGAUCAACCAGGCAGCAAGCAGGAUCACCAGCAGUGACAGGAGUCACCAGGCAGCGAGACCACCAGCAGCAGUCGAUCAGGCACAGUCACUACAAAGGAGCAGGGACCAACUCAGGCAGCGACAGCAGGGAGCCACCAGGCACCAGCAGGUCACCAGUGCAGCGAGGAGGUGGAGCUCACCAGCAGCACAGUGGUUCACCAGGCAAGGCAGCAGGGAUCACCAGUCACAGCGGGGAUCCACCAGGUGCAGCGCGAGCAGGAGCCACGUGGGCAGCACAGCAGGCCCACCAGCAGCACAGCAGGGCUCACCAGGCAGGGAGCCGCAGUACAGGGGAGCCACCAGGCAGCACAGCAGGGACACCAGGAGUGAAAGUCACCGAUGGAGGCAGCAGUGGAGCCCACCGGGGUGUACAGCAGGGAGUGCUCACUAAAGCAGGCAGCACAGAGCAGCAGGGCCACCAGGCAGUACCGCAGGCCACAGCAGUGGAGCAGCAGGGCCCCACCAGGCAGUGUCAGAGCUCACCAGGCAGCACAGGGGACUGGGUAGUGAAAUCACAGGCAGGUCACCAGGCAGCACACAGGAUUCACCAGGCAGAGAGGUCACCUAGGCAGAGGUCACCAGGCAGCGCAGCAGUGGAGCCAUAUAACGAGGGAGCCACCAGGCAGCGGCAGAGCAAAAAUUACCAGGCAGCCGAUAGUCACCAGGCAAGGACGACAGAAGAGCACAGCAUACUCACGGCAGGGGGCAGAGCCUCACCCAGGCAACAGCAGUUCACCAGGCAAGGGAGUACGCAGAGCCCCCCAGGCAAGGAGGUAACACAGGAGCCAGGCAAAGCGCUCAGCUUCACCAGGCAAGGCCAGCAGGCCUGCAGCGCAGCAGGCACCAGGGGUGCGGAGAGGAGCCACCAGGCACAGGAGAGGGCCACCAGGAGCACGCAGGGCCCAGGCAACAGUAUCACAGCAGGGAGCCACAGGGGUACAGCGAGCCACACAGGCAGCACAGCAGGAUCACCAGGCAGCAACAGAGGGAGCGUGGUCACCAGCAGCCAGCAGAGGAGCCCAACUCGGGCGUGGCAGGACCACCAGGCAGUGCAGCAGGGAGCUCACCUAGCAGCGCAGCCAGGGAGCCACCAGGGCGGCAGAGGGAGCCACCAGGCAGUGAUGUGCUCACCAGCAAGGGACAGCAAAGGAACAGGUCACGGGAGUCACCAGGCAGCGCAGCAGUCACCGCACACUCAGGGGCAAGUGCAGGGUUGCGGCCACCAGGCAGCGGAGUCAGGGGCCCACAGGCACAGCAGAGCGCCACCAGGCAGUGGAGCAGGGACUCACAGCGUGGACAGGGACCACCAGUGCAGCGCAGCAGGGACUCACCAGGCAGCAGAGAGGAGCUCACCAAAGGCGGCACAGCAGGGAGCCACCAGGCAGGACAGCAGGGAGCUCACCAGAACACAGACACCAGGCGGUCUCACCAGGCAGGUCUCACCAGCAGCGGAGGUGGGUCGACCAGGUGCAGCUCACCAGCAGCGACAGCAGGCUCACCAGGCAGCACAGCAGGUGGUCACCAGGCAGUGCAGCAGGAGCCACCAGGAGUGGCAGGUGGCCACCAGGGCACAGGGGACCACCAGGAGUCACUAG